UGAAACUGACCUGUUUACUUAGUCUAAUUUUAGUAUUUCCUAAAUUAUUUUGAUAUACAUAACAAAUAGUUGUUAAUGAUCUGUUUCCACUAAAAUAUUGACUAAUGAUUAAUGCAAAACGGAGCUAAUUAUAAUUUCGGAUUCCGGCAUUCAAAACCCCGGUAACAUAACUCGUAUUUUCAAAAUGGCGUCCAGAAAUGGUACGUGUCAUUUUAAACUUUUAAUGUUUUUUAUAUGAAAAUUUUAAGCUAUUUUGCCACAAAUAACCGUCUUUGUGAUAUUAUCCCAGCUUCAAGCAGUAGCUGUAUGUUAUAGGUGUGCAUUUCAUGUACAUUUUGUACUGAGAAAAACAAGCUACUUUCCUUCAAUAAAUAAUUCAAUUCUGUGUCUUCAAAGGUGCACGUAAAAGUGAAGAAGAAAAUUUGCUAGCAGAAAAUGAUCGAAUGUUGGAUAACUUGGCUGGGAAGGUUUCGAGACUCAAAACUGUGAGUUUACUUUGAAUUUAGCAUAUUUUGCUGUUAGUUGAAGGUUUGAGACACAACACUAUGGCAACGUGUUAUCUAACACUGGUCAAAUGAACUUUGCUUAGAUUGCUGUUGAUAUAAAGCAUGAUGCUGAUAACCAGAACCAAUAUUUGGAUGGCAUGGUAUGAAAUAUUAGUAUAGUGUUAUAAAGUAUAGUACUGGGAUUACCAUCAUCACUACUACCAUCAUCUGAUUAUCAUUACAGCCAUCAUCACCACUACCAUCACCACCAUGAUGUUCACCACCACUUCUAUCAUGACCAUCAUCUGAUCAUCACCAUCAAUCCACAUCACCAUCAUCUUCAUCACUAUCAUUAUGACCAUCAAUCUAUCAUCAUCAACAAUCCAUCAUUAUCAACAACAAUCCAUCAUCACCAUCAAUCCAGCAUCUUCAUCACUAUCAUCAUCACUAUCAUUACCAGUCCAUCAUCUUCAUCACCAUCAAUCCAUCAUCAUCAUCACCAUCAAUCCAUCAUCAUCAUCAAUCCAGCAUCUUCAUCACUAUCAUCAUCACUAUCAUUACCAGUCCUUCAUCUUCAUCACCAUCAAUCCAGCAUCUUCAUCAUCAAUCCAUCAUCUUCACCAUCAUCAUCAUCAAUCCAUCAUCUUCAUCAUCAUCAAUCCAGCAUCUUCAUCAUCAUCAAUCAAUCCAUCAUCUUCACCAUCAUCAUCAUCAAUCCAUCAUCAUCAUCAUCAAUCCAGCAUCUUCAUCAUCAUCAAUCAAUCCAUCAUCUUCAUCAUCAUCAAUCCAUCAUCAUCAUCAAUCCAUCAUCUUCAUCAUCAUCAAUCCAGCAUCUUCAUCAUCAUCACCAUCAAUCCAGCAUUUUCAUCACCAUCAUCAUCACCAUCAAUCCAUCAUCUUCAUCAUUAUCACCAUCAAUCCAGCAUAGAUCUUCAUCACUAUCAUCAUCACUAUCAUCAUCACCAUCUUCAUCACCAGCACCAUCAAUGAUCAUCACCACCCUCAGCACAAUGACUACCAUCAUAACCUCCUAUUUCCACCAUAGGAUGACCAGUUUGGCAGUGCAGGAGGUUUACUCAAAGGCAGCGCACAGAGACUACAGAAAGUGAUCACAGCAGCUGGCUCAGACAGGAAGUGCAUGUGUUAUAUGGUGCUAGGACUUGUGACUGUAUUCUUUAUAUUAUAUUAUGGCUUGGCAUGGAUCAAGACAUGACCUAACACAUAUAUUGUAAUAUAGUGUAAAAUUUAGUUGAACAAUUUACAGUAAACUGGAGGAGAUAGUUUGGAAACUCGUCAGAGGAAACUUGUGCAAAAAUAUAUGGUCCUUCAUAAAUCAUUGUCUUGUCACAUGCGUUUUUCAUAUUUUUGCCAAAUCCACCAACAGCAAUUUUUAAGUUAGUCACAGAUUACUAACUUUCCUAAAACAUUGCUAUUGGUUAGUUGGGCAAAACGUGACGAUCAUAUUUUUGCAUAAACGUUGACUAACAUAGAUGAUGAGUUAUAUUGGUAAUAUUGUUAUUCUAAUGAGUCUCCAAACCAUUUCUUCUAUUAACUGCGGAAUAAUGUAUAUAAAGCACAAUUUGACCAACAAAAAGAUCACAUGAAAUCAAUAUAUAUUCAUCAUAAUUUCAGCGGAUUAAUUACAUUUAAAACUAUCAUAUUCAUACUGUCUAUUAUGUUUAAUUGCUAACCAUGUAUGCAUAAAAAUGGUGCAAGUGGAUAAAAUUUCUGAACCUUACCACGAUAAAGUUGGCUGCGCGUAAAAUUUCGGUGUUCAUAAAAUCACAAGUCAUUAUACUAUAUUUUCGAUGGUUAAAAUUUCUAAAUUUCUCAUUAUAAAUUACUUUUAGCCAGCUUAUUUUUUAAUGCGGAUGAUAUUUUGUCCAAGAACUCGAAAGUAUUGAGAUAAUCCGAUCGAAUGACGUUCUGAAUGCCUUUAAUACAUCCUGCUAAAUCUUUUGUCAUAAAACCUGAUUCAAUCGUCUCCACGCAUGCCUCCUCUAACGUCACACAGAAAUUCUUCAAUGCGUUGUUAGCUAAGAAAUAAAAACAGUCAUCUAAAUUAACUAACUUUAUUUAUACUGAAUAGCUCUAUCAGUUCUGUUCUCCCUAGAGGUCCAGUAAGGAUCAUCUCUUAUUGAUCCAGUGUUACUACAGGAGGAAACCUAAACUAAACUAACUUUAUUUAUACUGGAUAGCUCUAUCAGUUCUAAAUUGUUCUCCCUAGACGUCCAGUAUAAGGAUCAUCUCUUAUUGAUUCAGUUACUAGAGGAGGAAACCUAAACUAAACUAACUUUAUUUAUACUGUAUAGCUCUAUCAGUCCUAAACUGUUCUUCAUAGAGGUCCAGUAAGGAUCAUCUCUUAUUGCUCCAGUGUUACUACAGGAGGAAACCUAAACUAAACUAACUUUAUUUAUACUGGAUAGCUCUAUCAGUUCUAAACUGUUCUUCCUAGAGGUCCAGUAAGGAUCAUCUCUUAUUGAUCCAGUGUUACAAGAGGAGGAAACCUAAACUAAACUAACUUUAUUUAUACUGGAUAGCUCUAACUGUUCUUCCAAAAGGUUGUCGACCAUCAAGGAACAAAAACUUCAACGUUACAAAAUAAACAAAUACUCGCCAUCAAGCUUAGCACGAUGUUGCAAGCCCCUCGUCCAUGCGAAGAUAGAUGCUAUAGAAAAACGGAAUCGCAAUGAAUCACAAUUUGAAGGAAUCUUAUUUGCACAAUGUGCGCGACUUACCCACAGGAUUAGUGGACGUUUCCUUCCCCUGUUGAUGCAUGCGAUAGUGACGUGUGACAGUGCCGUGAGCUGCUUCAGACUCCACUGUUUUACCAUCCGGGCACACUAGAACACUCGUCAUAAGUCCCAGUGAUCCGUAACCUGAAGAUAGUUGGAACUUUUGAGAUUUGCUGUGUUGGUGUAUUGUACUCAGGUGA